AUGGCGUUUCGAGCAAGCCCCUCCCCUUUCGGGGUUACUGCUGGAACCUCAAGUAGCUCCCCGAUACAACAGGGUCCCGAAUUGGAGGAGAUAUCGACUGAGGCACUUGGCUUUCAAGCGAUCGCAGGUGAAACAAAACUACAAUUACUACCAUCCCCGUGGCCCAUCGACUCCCUCCCUCCUCCUACCGCUUCGUUACUAUCUGUAGCGCCAAAGAAAGGCCUCCUUGCAGCCGCUGGACCCGAGUCAGUUAUCGUAGCCGGCACGGAGUCGGUACGUCAAGGAUUUUCUGCAGAAAGCGUAGCGGAUGGCACCACCAAACCCUUUACUCCUCAGUUGACCCUCAAUGUCGGCAUGAGGGUGUCACAGGUCGCAUUCUCCGCUGAUGAAAGCUUCCUUGUGCUAUCAGCAGAAAACGGUGGAGGCCUGGCGGUCUACGAUGUUCAAUCUCUCAUGCAGGGUUCUACCGAGUCAGCGUUCCAGCUCACCACCAACGGUACUGCUCUUCGCGCUCUAUUGCCGAAUCCAACACCAGAAAGGGCGGAGCUAUUCGCUGCAGUGUCUACAAACGGGCAAUUGUUAAUGGCAAACCUCAAAUCCCGUGAAUUUUUUAGUGGACCUCAAGGUCAGCUCCUGAAAGACGGUGUUAGCUGUGUUUCAUGGAGUGCUCGUGGAAAGCAGCUGAUUGCAGGUCUUGGGAAUGGGACGUGUUAUCAGAUGACACCAGAAGGGGAAGGCAAAGCAGAACUCUCUCGACCACCUGGCUUGGAUGGUGAUCAGCAUGUCUCCUCAAUAUCUUGGCUUGAAAACGAUGUUUUCCUCAUCGCUCAUACCCCUUCAUCUUCAGAUGGUGGGAUGAUACCUGAAACCACCUAUCACCUGGUUACUCGACAGACCAAACCCCAGACAUCCAUGGUAUUUCAAAAGCUUCCUGACCCUUGUCCUCCAUUUGGGCUCCACCGGUCUCCAGCUUUUCAAUUCAUGCAGCGCCUAAGGGAUUACCCGCCAAAUCUACAGGAUAUUAUAGUCGUAGCGUCUACGACGUCUAUAGACAUCGGCCUAGUCACCAGAUCGAAGACCCCUCUAACGAACGAUGCUCCCGCGGAGAAGGUUACUAGUGUCUUCACAACAACUGCUAUGGCCGACGAUUCGAGACGUGCCCAAAUGCCAAUGUCAAAAGAUCAGACAGACACUUCUCCCAUAGGUGUCUGCUUUGAUCUCUCUAGCAAAGACAAAGUACUGCGCCCGCUGCCCAAGGAGGAAUUUGAUGCUUCGCAGGGCCCAUUACCGGCGCUAAUGAUAUUGAACAACGAGGGCGUACUUUCUUCUUGGUGGAUAGUAUAUGCGGAAUCCAUUAGACAAGGGACUGUCUACCCAGGUUUGGUCGCCGCCGGCGGGCCUCAAACAAAGCAACAGCCACAGACCCAAAGGCAGGCCUCGCCAUUCGCUAGCGCUGGUACCCAAGCAGCGCCUGCUUUUGGCCCGAGUACUUCUGGAAAGCCAUCGACCCCAGCGGUCGGCUUUGGCAGCGCAUUCAGCAAGCCAGCAACCUCUGCGUUUGGGAUGACGAGUUCUCCAAUAUCCGGUUUCGGUGCUAGCAAGUCUCAGUCACCGUUCGGAGCGCCAACAGUGACCCCUACCACCUCCCAGAGCGGAGGCUCGACAUUUGGACAGCCUUCUUUUGGGUCUUCCACACCAAUGGGUAGCGUGAUGGGCGGUACUGGUAGAGGUCCAAACCCCACGGGCGCUGCGGCUUUUGGAACUGCUGGUGGCUUUGGUAACCGUGGUUCCGUAUGGGGUACACCGUCCUCUGGAACAGCAGCGGCUUCGGGUAGCGUUUUCGGGCAGUCUGGCUUUAGUGGCGCCCAUCAAUCUGCGUUUGGUGCCCCAUCCACUGGUAAUGCGUUUGGAUCCAACACGCCAGCGAUCGCUGCUGCCCCGAAUUCUGGAGGCUUUGCAUCUUUUGCUGCAAAAACGGGUGGCUUCAUGACCGCAGCACCACCUAGUGCCGCACAGAGUCCAUUCGGCAAAAGUGCACAAGGCGCGUCCUUUGGCUCCGGCAUGGGCACAGAUACGAGCUUUGGAGCAACGUCUAAGAAGGACGCUGAGGCACCUAAGAGCAUUUUCGGGGGCGGUGGCGCUGCUUUCACCCUCGGCACGACUUUUAAAGGAGAUGGUCCUCCAGCAAAUGAGGCUCCGAAGCCCGAAGGCAACGAAUCCAAGUCGAUGUUUGGUGACGGCUUUCGCAGUGCGCUAGGCGAUGCACAGAAAGAGGCUGCUACUCCUCACACGAAGGAUGCAGAGAUGGAUGAAGACGACAGUGCUCCGGCCCAGAGCGCUCAACCUGAUCCUGUGCACAGUUCAACGACAACCCCAGUUGCUAAGCCAACCCCGCCCAAAUUCCAAUUCCCGAGUGUACCACCUUCUACAGGCGGGCUCUUUGGAACGCAAGCUCAAGGCAAGACCACUCCCGCUGCUGUACAUAGCAGUCAGCCUUCUAGCUUCACCUUUGGAAAACCAACUCCUAUUACCACAACGCCAAAUGACACGCCCAAAAAGCCUGAACAGCCGAUUCGACCUUCUGUGGAGAUAUCCCCAAAGAUCAAGGAAGAGCCGCAUUCGGACGACGAUAACAUUUCUCCGCUAAAUGAAGAAGAGGCUGCUCCUCCCUUAGGCUUUGGUACUCCAAAAACUCCUUCUCCUACAGGAACCAAGAGUCUCGAGGAUCCCGUACCGCCAGAGUCAACGAGUAAGACAAGCUUUGCGCCUGGCGACUCCUCCACUUCCUCUAAAUCGUCCGAGGAAGCUCCUCUGCCACCUGACUUCCUACCAUCGAAGACUAAACUCAAGGAAGUUGAGCCCCCUCCCGAUGCACAAGCUGCAUUACCAGAGAAUGAGGAUGAAGGCGAGGAGGAGGAUGCAGACGCAGAAGGAGAUGAAGAUGAAGAAGAGGGCUUGGAUGACGAAGGUAGCGGCGUUGACGUUGCCCAAGAGAUCAGUCCCAGCACUGAUCCUACUCAGAGCCCGAAGAUCACUCCUGGAAGCUCUUUCGGUGGACCUUUAGACAAGAGCCCCUUGGGAGGAUUGUUUUCAAGAGUCUCGCAACCGCAAGGUGGUCAAGCUGGCAGAUCUCUUUUCGGAGAGAUUGGUAAAACCUCAGCACCUUAUUUUUCUCCGCCCUCGAAGACCCAAGAGAGUCCAAGAUCACCGAGUCCAGUGCGUUCAAUGCUUGCUGGAGACUCACUACGACCGGACAACUCGAGAUCGGUCAGCGCCCCUGGUCCUUUCAAAGCACUCGCGAACCGAAAAAAUACAUUGAGUCAACUCGCAGUUCCGUCAAAACCUCAGCCCUCAGCAGAAGAAAUACGAAAGCAAGAACGAGAGCGGAUAGCUGCUCAAAAAGCUAAGCAAGCUGCUGAAGAGGAUCAAGAUCUUAGCGACAGGGAAGAUGAGAGAGUGCGUGAAGAGCUUGGGACGGAAGUAGAGGGUACGAAGACACUAGAUCCAUUCCUCGCUCAUCAGGAUUACAUUGGCGCUGUCGACAAGCCUGGCAUGCCUGGACAAAUCGAAAAGGUCUAUCGGGACAUCAAUUCAAUGAUCGACACUCUGGGACUGAACGCCCGAUCACUCACAGCAUUCGUGAAAGGACACACGGAACUGCACAAGCAAAGCGGUCGCUCCAGAGAAGAUCUUGAAGAUGAUGACUGGUGUCUCAUCGAGAUAGGCGACCUGAAUACCGUCGAGGAUAAGCUAGAGCAGAAGCUCGAAGCUGGCCAGAUACAAGAUGUGCAAAAGAAGCUCAAUGAGUGUCGCGAUCUGCGCAAAGGUGUUGCCGCACUCCGAGCCAAAGGUGGCGACUUCGCCAAAGCUGUCGAAACAAGAUCUGACUCCGAAGUCGCCGAGUCUGCAAGGACUGCACCACUACGCCUCGAACAAGCCACCCAGCAGCAUGAACUGCGAAAGCAAUUCAUGAGAUUCCAGAAGCUGCUCGCUGAGACUGAGGAGAACAUCACGAUGCUGAGAGCCAAGCUAGCAUCAUGUGAAACUAGCAACGCCAACGGCCGACCUCUAAAGAAGCCCACAGUGGAGGCGGUCACCAAUACAAUAAAGAAGAUGACAAGCAUGGUCGAGAGAAAGAGCGGGGACAUUGACGUUUUGGAAACCCAAAUGCGCCAUCUACGCUUCUCGUCUGCAGCUCUAAGCCAGAGCAGUAGGGAAGGGUCUCCUUUUACGCCGCUUCCUUCAACAUCGCCAAAGUCCAAACAGUUUCCCAGAUCAGGAGGUAGGUCCGUUCAGAAUGGACAAUCAUACACUCCAGGCAGAUCAACGAACAGACCCGGAACACCGAGGAAGGCAAUCCAGGAAGUCACGCCGGAAGAGGUGCAGAGAUAUAGGGAGAAAGCGCAGAGACGGCAGGAAGUGAAUCUGAUAAUGAAAGAGGCGUUUUCGAAGACGGGGCCCAGAAUUAGGGCACUAGAUUAG